UAGUUUUCUGAGUAAGAUUUUGCGUUGAGAAUUAAGAAGAUGCCGGAGACGAGCGAGCGACAGAGACUAGCAGAAGUCAUCAGACAGUGGAAUAACAACAGACUGGAUUUGUUUGAAAUCAGCCAACCUGAUGAGCACCUGGUAUUCUACGGUGUGAUCCGAUUCUACCUUGAGGAUAACGCAGAGGGAAGAGUGGCUACAAAGUGUGUACGCGUUUGCAGCAGUUCUUCAGCUCAAGAAGUCAUUGAAACUCUUUCAGAGAAAUUCAGGCCUGAUAUGAAAAUGCUGUCAACAAGUUAUUCAUUAUAUGAGAUCCACGGAGAGAAAGAGCGUAAGUUGGAUCUAGACGAGAAACCUUUGGUUUUACAACUGAGCUGGACGUCAAACAACCGAGAAGGACAAUUUGUGCUCAAAAAGGAUCAUGGCAGUUUGGAGGUGCAGUGUGUGUCUGAUGAUGACCUUCUCAUUUCAGCUGAGGAGACCUUCCUGUGCUCCGUCAUAAACGACACCAGCAGCUCCACUGUACAUUUCAAGCUGCUGCCUGCAUACAUCCUGUAUGCUGCGAGUCGCUUUGCCCUGCAGCGCCACAACGGCAGUGGCUCUCCACCUUCCCCAAACACACACCCUGUAACGUCUAUCACAAACAAAAUGGCUGCCAUGAUUGGGAAGGUCAUUCAGAGGCAGCAGGCCAUCGCUGGAGCUCUUUCCUUCUGGAUGGCCAAUUCAUCUGAGCUGCUGAACUUUCUGAAGCAUGACAAAGACCUCAGUCAGUUCACAAAGCAAAGUCAGCUGGAUCUGUCCCAUCAGGUGCAAAAUGCCUACAGCUUCCUGCUACAUUGCCUGCAGAGGGAGUUGAUUAAGCACUUGCCAACUUUUCUCAUUGAUCCGGAGCAACACGGUGCUCUACCGGCUGGUAUAGAGAUGGUGUUGGACACCUUGAUGAAUGCCAUGUCUCUUCUACGCCGGUGUCGGGUUAACCCGGCCCUAACUAUCCAGCUCUUCUCCCAGCUUUUUCAUUUCAUCAGUGCUUGGCUUUUUAACCAGCUCAUUGCACCAGAAACCAUGACUCCAGGACUGCGCUCUCACUACUGGGGGUCUGCACUGCGUCAGAGGCUAACACCCAUUGAGGCCUGGGCAGAGAGGCAGGGCUUAGAGCUGGCUGCCGACUGCCACCUGAGCCACAUAAUACAGGCGACCACUCUUCUGACAAUGAGAAAGUACUCAGUGCUGGAUGCUAAGGACAUUCAGAGCUCCUGUUUCAACUUGAACUCCCUGCAGCUGCAGAUGUUGAUGGCUGGCUACCUCUGUGGAACCAAUGAGCCUCAGAUUCCCCUUGAUUUGAUGGAUGCCGUGGUGAAGGCUGCCGAGGCCUCGGCCGAUAACCUGAUUCACAGUGAAGGACAAGAAAUCCGGUUGGAGGAGAGGCUCAAUCUGCUCCUGCCUUUCCUGUUGCCGGAGGGAGGAUAUUCCUGUGACACAGUGAGAGGAAUCCCUCAGGGGCUCGCAGAGUUUUUGGAGCCAAUAUGUCAGAAAGGCCUCUGCUGUUUGACCUUUGUGCCUCAUUCCCAAGGAGACUGGACAGCACACUUUGGUGAAAGAACAAAUGGGGAUGGGGAUUUAUACUUGGAAGCACACAGACAACCUGAGAUUGUGAACAUCACUUUGCAUAAGCCUUUGAAUAGUGGGAUGGGAGUCAGUAUAGUAGCAGCCAAGGGAGCAGGCCAGAGUCACCUCGGGAUUUAUAUUAAAUCUGUUGUCAAGGGAGGACCGGCCGAAAUGGACGGGAGCUUAGCAGCUGGAGAUCAGCUGCUCAGUGUGGACGGUCACAGCCUGGUUGGACUCAGCCAAGACAGGGCAGCAGCGAUUAUGAUGCAAACUGGACCUGUAGUGACCCUAAAGGUGGAAAAGUUUGCGGCGAGCUACCAUGGCCUCUGGGAACUACUGAAGGAAACGUCCCCAGAAAACAGAACAACCAACAACCAUUUAGGAAUGGGUGAUGGAGAACAGAGGAAGCUGAACAACGGGGGGUGGACGCUGCACUGCGUUGUGGAUGGCAGCCCCUCAGAGAGGCUCCAUGGAGGCAGCAAAAGAAAGAAAGACCAGAGGAUGCAGAAAAACCGCCAGCUGUACCGUUCCAACCCUAACAUGACCGCAGGCUUUAGCCUGGAGGAUGGAGGGGAACACGGUGUCCCCAAUGGGAGAGGAAACAACUCUGCAUCCGUUUCAAGCAUCAACCUUUGCACUGAUACCCUUUGCAGGGAAUAUCAGACCCUACCCAACCCCAAGUCGAAGGAGAAGUCGCCCUUUGAGUCAAACCAACCAACAGCUGUGACUCCUUUGAAUGAGCAGAGCUCCAGUAGGAGGAGCUUCAUGAGACAUCAGCAGCUGAAUUUCCAUUGUUCUCCCAUUAAGCGUCAGGCCAUGUCUGAGGAGAACCUGUGUACGGAUGCUGGAGGCCCCCUGCUGGACCAAAGGCAGAACACAUGUGCGCAGAGGAACCACAUUUCAAAACAGUCAACAAGCUCCUGCUCAUCCUUCCCUGUUCGCUCAAGCGUUUCCACACAUGACAUCCUCUCUGAUGGCAGCGGCUCUACCAAACAGCUGCAAGGAACCCGUCCCAGUCCUGCCGGCGUCUGGAGAAUCCCUUUUACACAGCAGUCCACACCGACGCCAUCAGUCCAACCAAUGCGCAUCGACAUCCCCAUCACCAGAGCCAGGAGCACGCAGUCAAACCCUCCCCUCACUACCUUCCAGCAGAGCUCUGCUGGGCUUCAGGUGAAGAUGAACCAGGUUCAUAAAGCCAGCGAACAGCAAAUAAAUUCUCCAAACCAAGCAGCUCAUAUCUACGCUCGUCCUUUAUCAGCUCCUGAGAAGCUUCUUCAGCCCUCAGCUCUUUGGCAGCAGCAGAGAUCCAUCCUAUGCGGAGAUAAAGUAGAAAAACCCCAAGUGAGCAUCACUCCAACCAAACACGUUUCUUUCGAAGAGCCUCAGUCUAAGCAGAAGAGCUCAGGCCUUGCAAAGAAAAAAGAUCCCCAAGCACUGUGUGAUCCCUGGAGGAGGGAAGCCCAGGAGAUGCUGGAGAAGCGGCAGAGACUAAAAGCCGUGGAGCUUCUGCAGCAGGAGGCGCAGCAGCUUCGAGCAAAAGAUAAAAGGAGCGCAGAAGAGAAUGACAGACUGAGGAAGCUUGACCUGGAGUGGCAGUUUCAGAAGAGGCUGCAGGAGGUUCAACAGAGAGAUGAAGAGGAGGAGGAGGAAGAUCUGGACAUGAUGGUGAUCCUGCAGCAGCUGGGGGACAGGACGCCAAUUAACAAGGAAAAGAUCAAAUCUGUAGGAAAUGACAACAGAGAACAAAACCAGGAGAAGCAAGCAGGAAAUCAGCUUUUCAACCGGCAAGAAGAGAAACGAGAUCAAAGAAAAAAGGGUCUGAACAACUUCGCUCCAGAUGAGAACCUGGAGGGAAACAUGAGCAGGGCGUCUGCUCCUGAGAAGCUGACAUUCAGAGAGCGUCAGCGUCUUUUCUCACUGACAACAAGUGCAUAAACUAAGUUUCCUGUUUUUUUAUAUAAAAAAAUUAACUUUCAUUUUGAAACAGACAAAAAAAAGCAUCUUGAAAAAAUGUCAAUUUAAAA